AUGUAUAAGUGCACGCAUAUAUAUGUGUAUAUCUUUGAAUUCCUGGAUAAAUAUAUUAUUGGACAGGAGCAAGCCAAGAAGACACUAUCGGUUGGCGUUUAUCAGCACUAUCGGCGUCUUUAUCACAAUAUCGAAAAUAAUGUUGGCACACCGGCAACAAACAACGUUGAAAUGUAUCGACCACGUUCGCCCAUUCCACCCGGUGUUCUCUAUCAAGACGAUUACACAAGGCAUGGACGAGCGGAUAUACGUUUCUUUGGUGAAGUACCACCACCAGCGCCACCAACACCACCGCCGCCGCCACCACCAUCACAACAACAGCAGCAACAACAGCAGCAACGCAUUAUUACACCGAUAUUCCGGGCAAUUCCGGAUGAGGACACGCCGAUACGUCUGGAGAAAUCGAAUAUUCUGCUGCUUGGCCCAUCCGGUGUUGGCAAAACGUUUAUCACACAGACGCUGGCACGCAUCCUUGAUGUACCAAUUGCACUUUGCGACUGUACUUCGAUGACACAGGCCGGUUAUGUUGGCGAAGAUGUGGAAAGUGUUGUGCAGAAGCUGGUACAAAAUGCGGGUGGGAACGUGGAGCGGGCGCAGCAGGGUAUCGUGUUUCUGGAUGAAAUCGACAAAAUAGCUGCAGCACAUAAUGCUCAAUCACAUGCAUUCCGUGAUGUUAGCGGUGAAGGCACAUUAGUGAAUGUUAAAAGCAGUCGUAAGUCAUCGAUGACGUCGCAGCAAGAUUUUGUGCAGGUCGAUACGACAGAUAUUCUGUUUGUUGCAUCAGGCGCAUUCACCGCAUUGGAUCGAAUUGUCGGCAAACGUCUCGAUAAAAAAAUGCUCGGUUUGGGUAGGCUUUCAUUUAUUUCUCCAUUUUCCUCUUAUUUCUAG